CCUAAAACCAAAAAAAUAAAUAAAAUGGUGAUCCUCCAUUUAUAAAUAAAAAAUUCCACCACAAAAAAAAAAAAACAAUAUAUUUUCUUGAUUUAAUUUCCUCCUUUCUCCCCUCCUCCACCGUACUCCGCGAUGGGGGAAUAUGGAAGGCCUCCGCCUUAUGGCGGAGAAUAUUACUAUGCUGAAAGGCGUAGAGGAGGAAAUUUUUGCGUUAGAUGCAUUUGUUGUUGCUAUUGCGUCUUAUUCUUACUCAUAAUUAUUCUAGCCUCGAUAGCCUUCUAUUUCUACAUGUACUACAAACCUAAAAUGCCAACGUACGAUUUUCAAUCCCUUGAUGUUAAGGAUUUCAGAUAUCAACCUGACUUUAGUGUGAAUGCAGAUCUUAUCAUAACGAUGAAAGCAGAUAAUCCCAACACAGCUAUAGGGUUUAUUUACGGGGAAGGUAGCUCCGUUAACGUGACAUAUAGCGAUUCGAAUAUUUGUACGGGGAAAUUACCUAGUUUUCAUCAAGGUCAAAAAAAUACAACUAUAUUCCAAAUUGAAUUAACAGGUAAAAGUACAUUUGGAUCAGGGCUAUAUGAGGCAUUUCAAGAAAAUGAAAAAAAUGGUAAAAUUCCAUUAAAGGUAAUGAUUAAGGUACCUGUGCAAAUUAUUUUGGGAGAUAUUAAAUUAAAACAAUUUAAUGUGUUUGCAAAUGUUACAUUAACUGUUCAUGAUUUGAAGCCUGGAAAAAAACCUGAGGUUGAACAUAGUCAACCAACAUUCGAUGUUAAAUUCUGAUAAAAUCUGUCUUCUCUGUUCCUCUCUGGCGUUCUACGUGUUUUUUUUUUAUUUAAUAAUAAGUUUGUAUGUAGUACAUACGAUUGUAUUUAUUGGUUCAUAUGUAUAAUAAGCCUGUUUCUGAAAUAUAUAUCAUACUAAGUAUAUAAGGAUUUAAUUGAAAGUCUA